AUGGAAGCAUUUUGCAAGGCGAUCGAUGCCGUUCUCUUGAUAUUCUAUACUAUAAUGGCGGUGGGUGCGCCUCUCAUUGACUUCCAAAUUAUUCUUCCCGGCGCUAUAUUCCCGACGUUCCUCGUCGAUCUGUAUCGCUCGUACACCGCCGAGUUUGGAGAUUAUCUGCUCGUAGAGAAACCUCACUUCCUCGUCGGCUUCGUCUGGCAAGAGCUCCUCUUUCUCUGGCCGCUCUCCGUCGCCAACCUCUACGCAAUUCUCGCCCGGAAAUCGUGGUUCGGUACCACCUCAAUGCUCUACGGAGCUUCCCUCGUGUCUCACAUGGCUGCUGUACUGGGAGAUAUGAUAGGUUCAGGGAAGGCAUCAGACAAAAUGUUGAUGAUGUAUGUGCCUUUCUUGGGAUUUGGUGUUUUAGCUCUUCUUCGCGGUCUUCUUUCUCAAUCCAACAAUGAAUCAGGUGGCAAGAGACCCAUUGUUUUAGCCAGGAGAAAGCGUGCUUGA